GCCACGCGGCCGGGUGAAACCGGAAUCUAAUCAAUUGUCCGCAGCUUGCAGGGAGCCUGUACGAAAGUCCCUAGUUUCUUUGACCCGGGUUUCCUCGCCUGCAAAAAUCAGUGUUGGCCUAGUUUCCCCUCUAGAUUUAUAUAAACGGAACAUUUCGCCACAGUUAGAAGCAUCAACACUGUUGUUGCUGCUAGCUUGUACUCUUAAUCACCUAGAGCCAACCAUCUUCAGGGGAACUGAGGUCAGAGGUGGCAGUCGUCUUGGUUCUUGCACUGGUUCACCAUGACCGUAACAAGUCACAGCCGCAUUUCGGAUCUCUCUUUCUGUAAAACACGGGGAGCGGUUGGCUGGGCAACACCAAGCUCUCUCAAGGAGAUCUGGGUUUUCUCAAACCCAAGGGCUGGGCUCCUAACCCCCGACCUAGAGGCGGAACUUGAAACCUGGGCCUCAGUUUCCCCACGGCAGAAGACUCAGUACAGCUACCCAGGCACCCUUUCCUACCGCCCUCCCCCCCACACGCGGGGCCUUUGGAAUUUGACUAGACAAGAAGAAAAUUCUUGAAACAAAACUAUUUAUUUUCCACUUCAUUUUCGGCCGCUGAGGGCGUUUCCAUAGUAACACGCCCUUCUAGUCGGUUCCACACACAGAAGGUUCCAGAGUUCCAGGUUCAGGUCUCAGACUCUCCUGGAAGCAAAUAUUCUCAGGCUCUUAUUGGUUACCGCCAGCCGAGCCCCCUCGUAACCCUGGCAACAGCACCGCCCACAAGUUGCCGGGCUACGAUUGGUCCGAGCUCGAAAGACCUAACGUGAGCUCCUCCGGCCAUUGGCCCGAGUCACAGGAAACUGGCGCCGCGGUUGGUGAGUCUAGAGGUCAGUCAGAGCCAGAGACCGGGUCAAAUAGGGAGAAAUGGCGGCUGAGCCAGCCUGUGGGUGAGUGAUUUCGGAAGGGGUGGAGAUGUAAGGCAACUGCUCACGGUCGGCCUGGACGCGGCUCCCAAGGGGGCGGGAGGUUGACGUCUCUUCUGGCUCCGGCCGGACUCCGUGUGGAAGAGCCUGACAUCCACAUCCUCCCAUCGGGCUGGAGGUGAGAGGUCAGAGGCCGCGUCCUUGCUCUGUCCCUGGUUUAUGGAGCUCAGGUACUUUGGAAAGCAGUCAGGGUCCCGAGCCAGCGACUCAGCGUCCAGCUACUUACGGAAUAAUGUUGGGCAAGUCAUUUAACCUCUCUGAGCCUCAGUUUCUCAUCUGUAAAAUGGGGACAGUAACCUGCUUUUGGGUCAGAUAGUGGAAACAUUUGACUAGGACUUUGCUCUUCAUGUCGGUGUUUACAUAGCGGCAUAUUUGUUAGCCCUGUUUUAAGGCUGAAGAGGUGGAGGCUCAGAAGGUGUCACUGACUUGCCCAAGAUCACACAGCAAAUUUGGGGCAAUUGCGUUUCUCUUGUAUACACCAGGACCACGUGAAAGAAUGGAUGCCAAAAGGCCCCUCUUUGGAACAAGAUCUGGGAAAUACAGUCCAGCCUCAAGCCUCAACUUAGUUGGAACUUGAGAGACUGAGAGCCUCCUGUACAGCAGCCUCGCAGAGAAGUAUUUUGACCUUGGCAUCUAGACAUUUCCCAUCUCCUCCAUGGCCCUGACCAUGCUGAAUGAGCUCCUCCUUGAGGACCCAAGCCCAUCUAUGCUGCUGUACCAGGUUAGCAAGCCUGCCAAGUUAGAUGCCCUCAACUAUCAGAGCAACUUUAUGCAGGACAUCUUUGCCCAUUUCCCUGAUACCUUAUUUAUCCACCGGACCUAUAACCCAACGGGCAAGGUGUUAUAUACCUUCCUGGCGGAUGGCCCUCAGGUGCAGCUGGAGGGUCAUCUUGCCCGGACAGUUUACUUUGCCAUUCCUGCCAAGGAGGAUGCUGAAGGCCUGACCCAGAUGUUCCAGGUAUUCAAGAUGUUUAACCCAGCCUGGGAGAAAGUCCGUACUAUCCUGGUAGAUCCCUACUUCUUCCCUCUGCCCAUCCUAGCUAUGGAGUUCCCCACAGCUGAGGUCCUGCCCUCAGCCUUCCAUAUCUGUAAGUUCCUCCAGGGCAAGUUCUAUCAGCUUUCCCUCGAACAGCCUGUGAAGCAGGUGCUCCUGACCGCCCUGCAGAGCACAAUGUGCUCAGCCACUGCUGGCAACCUGAGGAAGUUAUAUGCACUCCUGAGCAACUGCAUCCCCCCAGACCAGCUGACCAAGCUACACCCAUACUGGCUGCUCAAUGACCGCAUCUGGCUGGCCCACCGUCGGAGAAGCCAAGCUGAGAGCAGCCACUACUUCCAGGGCCUGGAGGUCACCACCCGCAUCCUCAGCCAGUUCUUUGGCACCACCCCAUCUGUGGAACAAGGCAUAACCUCCUUGCUCCGAUUCAUGCAGCAGAACUCUGGAGACAAGGCAUUCCUCAGCCUGGGCCUGAGUUCCCAGAGCAAUUGUGCCCCCUCGGACGUCAGCCCCCAGAGCCCCAAAGUGGAACAGUUGGUAGAAGCCUGCAUCCAGCACUCCCUCCACACCAUCUGCACAGAGCCAGCAGCCCAGCUCUGCCUGGGUGAGCUUGCCGUGGUCCAGAAAUCUAUGCAGCUCAUUGGCUCUGGCUCUGAAAAAGUGAAUGUACAAAUCCUGGAAGACACCCAUAGAGUGCAGCCCCAGCCCCCUGCCAGCUGCAACUGCUACUUUAACCAGGCCUUCCACCUGCCCUGCCGCCACAUCCUGGCCAUGCUCAGAGCCCGGCACCAGGUGCUCCAGCCUAAUAUGCUGCCACCUCAGUGGACAGCAGACUGUGCUGCUAGUCUGGAUGACAUCCUGGGCAGCAAGUGGAGUGAGACCCUGGAUAAGCACUUGGCUGUGGCUCUCCUCACUGAGCAGGUGGGUCAGCUAUUACAACACUGCAGCCAGGAGGAGUUUGAACUGCGGUAUAGCACCCUGCGGAGACUGGCCGACAUCUGGAUCGGCCCUUACGAGCAGGUCCAGCUGUGAUUACCCUGUGCUGAGAGAUGCUCACACACAGGUGGGAAAUGUAAGGCAAGAGGAAAUGCACAUUGCCUAUGACUUUGUACAAGAAGUUUUGAUCAAGUCCCAAAACAAUACAGAAGAAACCUCCGCUCUCCAAGCAGGGUCCCUACCUCAG